UGUAAAACAAAAUCAAGAAUAAACAAUAUCAAAUGCGUUCUUAUUUCACAACGGCUCUGCGAAAAUUACCUUACUAAAUAAACUAAACCAAUAGCUUUCGGAAUGCUCCCAGCAGAGGAUGAAACUAUAUUAAAUCCUAAAAAAAUAAAUAAUGAAGUGGAUGAAGCCGAAUCGCCUUCUUCGUCGAACACACAAAAAAACAGCAUCGAUGAUGAUGGCGCGCAUUGCUACAAUGGGGUUAGAGUAAGAGUAGUUGCAGAAAUAAAUGAAAAUUGCAAAACUUUGGACGUUGUUGCUGAGGUAAAUGAAAAGGUUUCACAUAAGCGCGAAGCAAGUUGGGCACUGAAUACUGUAACAAAACGCUGUAGAUCGUCGGAUGAAAACAAUGAAAAUGGAGUAACUGAGACCAAUCAAGAAUCUCAGCCAAGUGGAAUUGAUGACAGUAUUAUGAAUAUUCAAAAAGAAAAGCUUGAUACAACUUGUAACUCAGAUUCAGAUUGUACGCAAAAUCGAGAAGAGCCCAAUCUAGUACUUAAAAUUAAGUCUGAACGACUAACUGAUAACGAAGAUAGUAAUGUUAACGACGUACGGCCAUCUGGCUCCGGUACCUCUAAUCCAGUUGAUAUAAAACCCGCUAUUAAGGUAGAAAAAGCUGAUGCCAGCUCUACUUCCCGUGAUUCUUGCCGGUUUGGAAUUCGUUGCUACAGACGUAAUCCAAUGCAUCGUAAAGAAGAAGCACAUCCUGGUGAUGAUGAUUACAAAAGGCCCAAUUAUCCACCACCGCCUAAGGGCACACCUGAAUGCCCUUAUGGUAAUCUCUGUUAUCGUCGAAACCCAGUACAUUUUGAGCAAUUCAAUCAUCCACCAGAAACUGACUUUGAACAAAAUUACAAAAAUUACCGAUUGAGGUUGCGACAACGCCGACAACAAGAACAUGCAGGGGAUGAUGUUAAUAAUACAGCUAACAGCUCAGAAUUGGAAGACGAUUAUGAUUUGGACGACCCGUUUAUUAACGAUGAAGAAUUUGACUCAGAUUACGUGCCAAAUAGUAAUGAGGAGGAUGAUGAAGAUGAUUAUGAUGCCUGUGAUAGAGCUGAAGAAUAAUCGCUGGAAUAUUUUUAAAUCGUUUCGAAUUAUUUCAUUAGUAUGUGUAAAAUGGAUGAAAGUACCUUAAACAUUGUAUUAACUAUAUGCUUUGUGAAUAAGAAAUUUUAAGUCAACAGUA